AUGCUGAGGGGUUCCACCAGUCGGGGUCUUCAGUCAUGGCACUACGCCACUUCCGCUUGGCAUCAGACGCUAGGUCGCCGCCUAGCGAGCUCACAGGGUGGAGCAAGGGGAACAAAUGCCAGCAGCGGAGUGCCAUACGAACAAACUUUGAAGAACACAGGAUCAGAAGGGGAAGCAACUCUUCCAUCAUCGGCUGACGUUGUCGUUAUUGGUGGAGGAGCGGUGGGAUGCAGUACGUUAUAUCACCUCAGUAAACUAGGAAUGAACGCGGUCUUGGUUGAGAAAGACCAACUUACGGCAGGAACAACGUGGCAUACAGCAGGUUUAUUAUGGCAGUUUCGAACGAGCGACAUCGAGAUAGAACUCAUCAAUUACUCUCGCCAUUUGCUGAAAACACUGGAAGACGAAACGGGCGUGAAUCCGGGGUGGAUAGAGAAUGGUGGCUUGUUCAUCGCUAGCAACAAAGUCAGAUUGGACGAAUACAAGCGUUUGGCUACGCUCGGUAGUUUGUUCAACAUAGAAUCUCACGUCCUGUCUCCCGAGGAAACCAAGGAGCUGUACCCGCUGAUGAACGUGUCGGACGUUUACGGCACCCUCUACGUGCCUGGGGACGGCACCAUGGAACCAGCCGGCUACUGCACCGCUCUCACCCGCGGUGCCACCCGCAACGGCGCAAAGGUAUUUACCGAAACAGCUGUUGAAGCUAUCACUGUGAAUGAAGAUGAUUUCGGAGUGAAAAGGGUCAAGACGGUACACACCAGCAGAGGCUCCAUUGGGUGUGAUGCGGUUGUUAACGCUACAGGCUGUUGGGCGCCCAAAAUCGGCGAAAUGGUUGGGGUUGAAGUGCCCCUAGUGCCCAUGAAACAUGCCUAUGUGGUCACCGAGAGGAUCGAGGGAAUCCAGAACAUGCCUAACGUCAGGGACCAUGAUGCCUCACUCUACCUCCGUCUCCAAGGAGAUGCCUUGUCGCUAGGGGGCUACGAGGCACAUCCGGAAAUCCUUGAUGAGGUUGCAAACGAGUUUGCAUUUUCCCUGUAUGAUCUAAACUACGAUGUGUUUGGGGUGCAUAUAGAAGGCGCUGUUAAUCGUGUUCCGGCUAUAGAAAACACAGGCAUAAAAUCAACAGUAUGCGGUCCAGAGUCAUUCACUGCCGAUCACAAACCCAUUCUCGGCGAGUCCCCGGAUGUGCGCGGGUUUUAUUAUGGUUGCGGAUUCAACAGUGCAGGAAUGAUGAUGAGUGGAGGUUGGGGCAGAGAAUUAGCACACUGGGUCAAAAAUGGCCGUCCACAAGUUGACAUGUACUCCUAUGAUAUAAGGCGAUUCAAUAGCAAACUUUUGGGGAACAAGAAAUGGCGUGUGGAGCGCAGUCAUGAGGCCUAUGCUAAAAACUACAGCAUUGUCUUCAUGCAUGAUCAGCCAUUAGCGGCACGUAACCAUAUACUCGGGGCUGUGCAUCAGCCCCUUUUGGAGGCUGGGUGUGUGUACGAGGAGAGACACGGGUGGGAGAGGCCUGGGUGGUUUUCACCGGAAGGGCCAGCUCCGAUUUUACCAUAUGACUACUAUGGUAGCUAUGACACCCCUGUGAAUGAGAACAAUGUUUACAAAAGCAGAGUAGAAAAAGAUUAUACUUUUGAUUUUCCUGAACACCACAGCUUGAUUGGAGAAGAAGUUCAUGCAUGUCGAGAAAAUGUGGUUGUGAUAGAUAUGUCGUACUUUGGAAAGUUUUUUCUGACUGGUCCAGACGCUCAGAAGCUUGUGAACUGGACAUUCUCUGGCGACAUGCAGAAAGGGGGAGGUAGCACUGUCUACACCUGCAUGCUGAAUGACAAUGGAGGUGUGGAGGCUGAUCUAACUGUCAGUACAGUGACCUCUGGUAAUGGACAGGCUCAUAACCCAGAAUUCUCAGGUCCAGGUUUUUAUGUGGCAGCAGGAGGGGCUAUAUCCACUCAUGUCAGGACUCACAUACAAAAUGUGAUUAACGACAAACGCUUGAAGUGUCAGAUUAUAGACAACACGGAAAAGAUGGCCGUUCUCAGUAUACAAGGGCCAAAAAGUCGGGACUUGCUACAGGAGCUCACCGGAGCAGAUCUCAGCAAUGACUCAUUUCCCUUCUCAACUAACAAGGUGUUAUCUAUAGGUGGGGCAGAGUUCUUAGCCCUGAGGAUCUCAUUUGUGGGUGAGCUGGGCUGGGAGCUACAUGUACCCUCGGAGACAGCAGUACAGGUGUAUCGCACACUUAUGGACGCAGGUGCAAAAUAUGGGAUUAAAAACUGUGGGUACAGGGCCAUGGACAGCAUGAGUGUGGAAAAAGGUUAUCGCCAUUGGCAUGCCGACCUCCGAUCCACAGACACGCCCUUAGAGGCGGGACUAGCUUUCACGUGUAAGCUGAAAACGCCUAUCCCCUUCAAAGGGAGAGAGGCCAUUGAAAAACAGAAGCAGGAAGGCAUCCGGAAGAAACUGAUCUGCUUAACAACCGAAAAACCACUGUGUCUCUCAGGCUUCGAAACAAUCUUUCGUGAUGGCAUACUUGUCGGAAAUGUUCGUCAAGGCGACUACGCCUUCACGCUGGGAAAGACAGUCGCUUAUGGUUACAUCAAGUGCCCGGAUGGAGGAAAGGUGACGAUGGACUUUGUGCGGCAGGGAAACUAUGAGAUUGAAUUCAUGGGGAAGAAGUAUGCAGCAUUUGUUCAUACCAAGAGCCCAUUUGAUCCCGAGAACAAGCGAGUUAAAGGCUUUUACUGAUUAGGAGACUCUCAUGGUACCCGGUAUGAUCAAGCCAGUUACAGUUAUAUACUGAUUGCGAAAACUUAGUGGCAGGCGCCCCGUUUAAUCUUGAGAACAAGAGGGUAGAAGGCGUGUACCGAAUGAGAACAUCACUGGAAUCAGUAUUUGAUCUUGAGAAGAAGUGAAUUAAGUGAGGCAGAUACUGAUCGAGAUACUUUAGUGUCCGAAGCCCCAUCCCGUAUUUGAACUGCGGUCUAAGUUGGAAAUACCACUGUAUAUAUCUUACUUACGCAAUUCAGCUAAAUUAUUUAGUUCAUGAGGUUGUUAAUUGCGGGGGUAUAAGUCAGUGUUAUGGUUGUUAUGUUGUCCUCUCUGAAAACUCCAAGUUUGGAUACCAAAGAUAUUACUGUGGCAUUCGUAUUGCUUUGUCAUUUGGCUGUUGAAGUUUUCAAAUUGGCAACCGUUUUGUUUUCCACAAUGAAGCAUCCUUUCCUCUGCAUUUGAACGAAAUAAUCCAAUGAAGAGAUAUCUUACAUUAAAGAGUAAAUUUCCGGCAUAGUCCUUAUGCGGGUGAGCGAAACAAAAAAAAAUUUUUAACGUUAAAACUGUAGGGUUGUCCCCUUCAACAAAUGCAUUCCAGUCGGAUCGAUGCCAUUCUGAAACAUGCGGGUUAACUCGGUGACAUUCGUUUCAAGACGCAAGUUUACUUUACUUGAUGGACAUGUAAGCUGUUAUCAGUGGCAACGUUUUGUGACACGCCCCGGUCUCAUUCACAGACGAAAAAUAAACAGCAUAUCUCAUAUACAUUCCUCAGUCAUUAAGAUUGCAAUUCCAAUGAAUCACGCUAUCCAUGUGUUUUUAGUACAGUUGUGGUAUAUUAAAGAGUUCCUUUGUAUUAU